AUGGCUAUUCCCUCAUCUCCCAGGGCUCAGAACCUGCCAGGGACUGCUGUCUCGUGGUCUCCUUAUGAGGAGCAACUCGGGGUCUGCGGGCGACGUCCUUUGGCCUCCAGUCACAGUAGCAACCUGCGGAUCGUGGGUGGCAUCGAUGCGCUCCCAGGAACAUGGCCUUGGAUUGUCAGCAUCCAGAUUCCCACCCAUGCUGGCUACAAGCACACCUGUGGGGGGUCCCUCAUCAGCUCUCGCUGGGUCGUCACAGCAGCCCACUGCUUCUUAAAUAAAAGAUUUCUAGACAACUGGAAGCUGGUGUUUGGUGCUGCUCAGCUUUCUCGGCCUGGCCCGGAUGUCCAGGAGCGUACCAUCAAGAACCUGGUGGAGCACCAGCAGUACAAGCGCAAAACCCACUUCAAUGAUGUGGCCUUGAUGGAGCUGAGCCAGCCAGUCAACUGCAGUGACUACAUCCAACCUGCCUGCUUGCCAGAUAUGGAUGUGGAGGUUUCAUCGCUGACUCACUGCUACGUCAGUGGCUGGGGAGUGACCGAUGUUUCAAAGCCAACGGUGACCUCGGACAUCCUGCAGGAGGCCAAAGUAAACCUCAUUCCCACCACCACAUGUAACAGCACUGCUUGGUACAACACAAAAAUCCAUUAUAACAAUCUCUGUGCUGGGCACGAGCAAGGAGGGAUUGACACUUGCCAGGGUGACAGUGGUGGUCCUCUCAUGUGUCGGGAGCAAAGGUCCGAGCGGUUCUGGGUUGUUGGCGUCACCAGCUGGGGGAGCGGCUGUGCCAAGGCCAUGAAGCCAGGCAUUUAUUCCUCUACACAACAUUUCCUCGACUGGAUCAAAGACCUGAAGCUGGCCCUGGGGGCCACUUUGCCUGCCAAAGAUAGCAGCUGCGAUGGCGUCUGUGGGCGGCGUCCGUUGGCAGCCAGCCAUGGCAUGCUGCGAAUCGUGGGGGGCACGGAUGCCCUGCCGGGGACGUGGCCUUGGCAGGUCAGCUUCCAGCUGCCAUCGCAACGAGGCUUUGUGAACUCCUGUGGAGGAACCCUGCUCAGCUCUCGCUGGGUCCUGAGCGCCGCCCACUGUUUUCAGAUAGAAGAGGAGAUACCAUGGUAUAAGGUGGUGCUUGGGAUCAACCGGAUCUCCCAGCCUGGUCCUGAUGCCCAGAAACGUUUGAUCAAGAGGGUGAUCAACCACAAGCUAUACAAGAAUGAACUGAACCAGACAGAUGGAGGGAUAAAACACGACAUUUCCUUGGUGGAGCUGGCUGAGCCGGUCAGCUGCAGUGACUAUAUACAGCCAGCUUGUUUGCCUGACAAGAGUGUGACGGUUUCAAAGCUCGUCCAGUGCUCUAUCAGUGGCUGGGGAACCAUGGAAAUGAAAAGUGAGAGACUUGGGGAAAAGGGGGCCCUCAAAAAGGCUGGCCCAGCUUAA